AUGGAACCCAAACGCGAAGAGACCAAGAGGCGUGACAGCGAUAGGGAGGCGCAUCUCCGAAAAAUAUACGGAACACUGCCAAAUCGAGGCCAACUCCUCGACCAUCAACUCGAGAAAAGAACCUUUUUCGACUCUGGCGAUUUUGCGCUGUCAAAGGCCCGCAGAUCUUCCAGUAUGGGCAGCGUCACGACUGGCAGUGAGCAUCCGAACCGCGAAGGCAUCUCUCAACCGUUUUGCCCGGUGCCGGGUCUGAGCAAUCUUGAGCGGUCUAAUUCGAGGGAACAGAAGAAGGGCGAGGAUAUAUGCAAGAGCCAUCUCAGUGAGACGCAAAGCAGCAAGAAAUCCUAG